AUGUCUGCUAGGAUAGUCUCUGUGUUCGGUGCAACGGGGCAGCAAGGGUCUGCCGUCGUGAAAGCUCUUCUGAAAGACGGCACCUUCUCCCCACGCGCCAUCGCCCGCAACCCCAACUCUGAAGCCGCCAAGGCCCUGACCUCUCAAGGCGUAGAAGUCGUCCAAGGUGAUGCCCAAGACAAAGCGUCUCUAGUUCAGGCGUUGAAGGGUAGUGAGGCAGUCUUUGCGAUGACUGCCCCGAUAAUCCCUCCUGGGCCCACGACCCACCCCCCGAACGAGUGGUCAGCAGGGAAAAACAUCGUUGACGCUGCUCAAGAAGUCGGGGUCAAGUUUCUGAUCUGGACGGGAAUGCCCAGCAUCGCCAGAAUCUCUGACGGAAAGUACACGCAAUGUCUUCACUACGAUCAAAAAGAACAAGUCGAGAAAUACCUCCAAGCAUCGAACAUCCCCAACGUCUCUCUCCACCUCGGUGGCUUCUUGGAGAACUUGUGGAAAUUCGGAAACCUUCGGAAGACUGAGACGGGUUUUGACUUGACCAUACCAGUAUUCAAACCUGGAGAACGACAAGCAUUCACAUGGGUUGACCGCGAUGUUCCCCAGUCCGUUCUCGCUGUCCUCAAAAGCUACACCGACCCUGCAAAACUUGCCAAGAUCAACGGAGGGGUCUUCCCCAUCGUCAACGCGUGCAUACCCUAUUCGGAACUCGCCGAGCGCAUCGGAAAAACUUUGGGCGUUCCGGUCACCUACACGACGAUACCAGCGACAGGCCACCCAUUCAUGGAUGAAAUGUUUUCGGCGCAUGUGGAAUAUAGCGGCCUGUUUACCUCAACGCCAGUACCAAACCCCGGUCUCGCUGAACUUGGCGUCAAGCUCGGCACUAUCGACGAGUUUCUGGAGCAGGAGGUGAAGCAGCGCUUCUCUGCAUAG